AACUUUAACAAUGACGCCACAAGAAGAAAUCCAAAAUUUAAGUACACUUCUUGCAAAAACUGUUCAAAAAAUUUCUGCACUUAAAGCUAAAUAUAAAAACCCUUUUGGACUUCUGAUAAUUUCUAAACCAAAAGUAUCAAAGGAUAAAAAACAAACAAAAAUUUCAUUAAGCAAAGUUUUUUCCUUAAAUGAAUCCGAAAUUUCUGAAGUAAAAAAAAUGGCAGGGAUUAUUUUAGAUAACUAUAGAAUUUUACGCGAUACAACAAUUUCUAGAGUUAAACCAACACUUGUUAAUAACUGGAUCGAUAUGUUAAAAAAAGAAUAUUCAAAAUAUUUUGGUGAAAAUAACUGGGCCUAUUACGAAGCUAUAAAGCAAGUUAUGCAAGAUAGAA